GAAUCGGCAUCAUUUCUGUUUCUGAUUUGUCAAUUUAAUGCUUACCGUGAUCCUUUGAGUAUAAUUCAAUUCUCCACAAAUAAUUUUAAAAUUGUUUAUAACUAAAAUUUCAACAUGUCUGCAAGAUAUGAUAGGGCCAUCACCGUAUUUUCGCCAGACGGUCAUUUAUUACAAGUAGAAUAUGCGCAAGAAGCUGUGCGAAAAGGAUCAACAGCGGUAGGUGUUCGUGGUAACGAUGUCGUUGUUUUAGGAGUUGAAAAGAAAUCUGUAGCCAAACUUCAAGAAGAAAGAACUGUUCGUAAGAUUUGUUUGCUUGACGAACAUGUAGUGAUGGCCUUUGCCGGUUUGACUGCCGACGCUCGUAUUCUUAUAAAUAGAGCUCAAAUCGAAUGUCAAUCUCAUAAGCUUACUGUUGAAGAUCCUGUCACAUUAGAAUAUAUUACGAGAUAUAUUGCUGGUCUCAAACAAAAGUACACUCAAAGCAAUGGACGUAGACCUUUUGGUAUUUCGUGCCUUAUUGGUGGUUUUGAUUAUGACGGCCAACCUCAUUUAUUCCAAACUGAACCAUCUGGAAUCUAUUAUGAAUGGAAAGCUAAUGCCACUGGGAGAGCUGCAAAGACUGUAAGAGAGUUUUUGGAAAAAAAUUACAAUGCAGAGGAAGUUGCUACGGAAAAAGGUGCAGUGAAGCUGGCUAUCAGAGCUCUUCUUGAAGUUGUACAAUCAGGACAAAAGAACCUAGAGAUUGCAGUAAUGAGACGUAACCAGUUAAUGCAGAUGCUAGACAUCGAUACUAUCAACUCAUAUGUCUCAGUGAUUGAAAAAGAAAAGGAAGAGGAAGCAGAAAAGAAAAAACAGAAAAAGUAGUAAUAACACGGUAUUUUUAUGUUUUCACAAAUAAAGAAAUUUAUGG